AUGGAAGGGAAGCAUUUAGAACCCCUAGCAGUUGUUGGCAUCUCUCUCCGCUUUCCCGGGGAGGCUGUCACACCUGGCGCCUUCUGGGACUUGAUCCUUAGUGGCAGAGCUGCGGCAAAGGAGGUUCCUCCAGACCGAUAUGACAUUGAAGCAUGGUACGAUCCAGACUACAGUCAUUUGGACCGGGUGUCCCAGCGGAAGGCGAACUUCUUGGAAGGGGAUAUCGGCCAUUUCGAUGCAGGCUUUUUCUCCAUCUCUGCUGCGGAAGCCGAGGCGAUGGACCCGCAGCAGCGGCUCGCCCUCGAAGCAGCGUACCAUGCCCUCGAAAAUGCAGGAUAUCCUAUUGAGUCUAUUACUGGGUCAAGGAUGGCUGUUUUCACUGGUGCAUUUGGUAAUGACUAUCAGCGUCUUCACGCAAAAGAUCUUAUGACCUUACCAAAAGGUCAUGCUACUGGGACAUCCAUGAACAUGCUCGCGAACCGAGUCAGUUGGUUCUUCAAUCUCCGAGGCCCAAGUGCAAAUGUCGAUACUGCAUGUUCAAGUAGCCUGAUGGCCUUGCAUCUUGCCUGUCAGUCCAUCUGGAAUGGCGAAUCUUCGAUGGGAAUGGCAAUCGGCUGUAAUGCAAUUCUUGGCUUAGACACCGUUAUGGCUCUAGACAACCUUGGGAUCUUGUCCAAGGAUGGCCGCUCGUACAGCUUUGACCAAAGAGGCAAUGGAUAUUCGCGUGGAGAAGGAGUGGGAGCUUUGGUAGUACGUCCACUACGUGAGGCUAUUAAGAAUGGCGACAGCAUCCGAGCCCUCAUUCGGUCCACUGGCUCCAACCAGGACGGUAAAACACCGGGUAUAACACAGCCAAGUAUGCAAAGGCAAGAAGACCUCUAUCGGGAUACAUAUGAGAGAGCUGGCCUAAGCUUGGAUGUUACUCGAUAUGUGGAGGGCCAUGGAACAGGAACCGCCGUCGGCGACCCCAUCGAGGCCCGAGCCAUUGGCAAUAUCUUUCUUUUAAGUGGUUCCGUGAAGUCAACCAUCGGCCACCUCGAAGGCGCAAGCGGUAUAGCUGGGGUUCUCAAGGGCAUCCUAGCGGUAGAGAAGGGAAUAAUUCCACCUAAUACAGACCUCCAAACUCUGAACCCUAGAAUACACGAGGAAUUUCUACACGUGAAGGUCCCUCGGAAAGCUAUUCCUUGGCCUGUCGAUGGCACCCGAAGGGCUUCUGUGAGCUCGUUCGGCUUUGGAGGCACCAAUGUCCACAUAGUCCUAGAUAACGCGCCAGGUGGGCUCGUGAGCGAUGAUCCUGAUAGGCAAAGGAAUAUCAAUGGGCCAGCUAUUUCCACGCCUGGGAGAACAGUGAUGGAGUCUUCGAAUGUCACAAGAGUGCUUGUGUGGUCGUUCGCUGACAAGGAUGGUAUCACGAGGUUACCGGAAACUUGGAAACCUUUCUUUUCUGGCCUCAAUAUUAAGCCAGAUGAACGCUCUGAUUACCUCGCCCGUCUAGCCCAUACCCUAUCGACAAGAAGGUCAUGUCUUGAAUGGAGAGCAUACGCUGUUACUCAACCCAGUGACGACUGGGCAACGAUUCCUGACAACAUAGUUUCCCCAGGACAAUCUACACCCUCACCCAAUAUAGCAUACAUAUUCUCUGGGCAAGGCGCCCAAUGGUAUGCAAUGGGCCGGGAACUGUUAGCGGCAUACCCGACCUUCCGUAACAGCAUCCAAGAGGCAAACGAUUAUUUGCAGACUUUAGGGUGCCAGUGGAACCUUUUGGAUGCUCUCCAGGAGAGUGAACUAGAAUCGUCAGUUAAUCUUACCGACCAUAGCCAGACAUUAUGCACCGCAUUACAGGUUGCGCUUGUUGACCUUCUUGAGCAAUUAGGGAUAUAUCCCAAAAAGGUCAUUGGACAUUCGUCUGGAGAGAUUGCUGCAGCAUACUCGACUCGGGCAAUCUCCCGGCGUGAUGCUUGGAGAAUUGCUUUCUACCGAGGCCUCUGGAGCAGCAAUCUGGAGAAACAUAGCUACGUUCAAGGACGUAUGCUUGCUGUCGCACUGAACGAGAAAGAAGUCAUUACAUACUUCGACAAAGUCAUCAAAAACCAUAUCCUUCUCCGGCUUACCGUAGCCUGUAUCAACAGCCCCAACAGUACCACGGUGUCCGGCGAAGAAUCGCAGAUCGAAGAUCUAAAAUCUCUUCUCGACGCCGAUCAGAUAUUUUGCAGGCGAUUAAAGGUUCAAGUAGCCUACCACUCGUUCCAAAUGCACGAGAUUGCAGCUCAGUAUGAGGCUGCCAUUGGCCCACUUGAGAAAAUGACCGAUGAACUUGAAGGCUAUGACACGCUGCGGACAUCAAAAUACUGGGCGCGUAAUUUGGUGUCACCCGUACGGUUUUCUGAAGCACUGGGUGUGGCAUGUGCUUCUGCUGUCUCACCCCCCAAUAAACUGGAUGGCAGCCAUUGUAAAUCACUGCAGAUCCACCAUGUCGUCGAAAUCGGUCCACACUCGGCGCUACAAGGACCAACCAAGUCCAUACUUACAGCGUUGAAGCGCACCUCGGUGCACUACCUUUCCGUACUCAAGCGUGACGUGUCAGCUACCUCAACCCUUUUGGACGCAGUUGGAUAUCUAUGGGCAAGUGGUCACGAUGUUGAUUUGGCCGUUCUCAAUCAAGUCUCGCAGACAAAGUCAACAAAGUUAGGGAAUAAAUCUCUCUGCCUCAAUGACUUACCGGAGUAUCCAUUCAAUCACACCAAGUCCUAUUGGCACGAAAGCCAGAUCAGUCGCAACAUCCGCAUGCCGCCGUUUGGCAAACAUGAACUUGGAACGCCGGAUCCUUCCUGGAACCCACAUCAACCCCGUUGGAGGCACAUUAUCCGUACUUCCAGUAUACCCUGGGUUCAGGACCACCAGGUGAAUGGGUCAGUGGUGUACCCUGGCGCCGGAAUGAUUCUUAUGGCGGUCGAGGCGGGGAAGCAGCUAUGCCGGGACGGACGCCAGAUAUACUCUUUCGAGGUACUGGAUACUACUCUGCAUGCAGCCAUUCAAAUCCCGGGACAUGGUGAUGUGGAGACGAGUUUCUCUAUGCAGCCGGUGAGCAGCAGGCGGGCCAAGAAUUCCGACUUUUUCGAAUUCGGCCUCUAUACUGCCCUAGUGUCAUCAUGGACGACAAAUUGCACAGGCUCCAUCCGUGUGACAUAUGAAGCUCAAGAACCAGACCCCAUCAAGAAUAGCCAGGUUCACCAAAUGCUUAACACGCAACAUCAGCAAUCUCUGCUGCAGGCCCAACAAAACUGUGGAUCAACUAUGGAUAUCAGUACGUUGUAUAAGAACCUGAGACAAUGCGGUUACGAAUACGGUGAAAGCUUCCAGGGGAUCACAGCUCUCUCUUACAAUCCGAAAGAUACUAAAAUGGUUGUGGGUGCUGUUCAUCAUCGCCUAAUUACACCACCCUCAACACUUCACCCGACAGCUCUGGAUGCAAUGUUCCAGACAUUGCUAUGCGCCAAUGCAGGAUGCGGAGACAAAACUGUCCCUACGUAUGUCCCAACACAUAUAAAGAGCCUACAACUUCUAAAGGAUGGGUUGCCUGACGCAUCAGAAACGUUCCAAAUCCUGGCAAAAGGGGACUUUGCGUCCUCAACGGAGGUAGUCGGCUCGAUUACUGCGUUCGGGGCCGAUUCUCGGCAUCCCCUCGUUCUUGUGGAUGGGCUCAAAUGUACAAUGCUAGAUGGCGUUCGGUCCAGCAGUGAAGUGGCCACAACCGGUGGGACAAUCUGCUCUGAAAUUGAAUGGAAGCCGGAUGUUCGUCUUCUUGAAAACGCGGCGGUCGAGGACUACUGUCGGGGGAAGUUAACAGAGAGCGCCUCUCAUAAUCUUCUCAUCGAGCUUGAUUUUGUUGUGCUUGCCCGGGUAUUAGAGGCCUACCGGUUGUUCACUCUCCAAAAGAAACAACCUGCAAAGCCUUACUUGGAGAAAUACCUCCAGUGGGCCGCACACCAAAAGCAUCGUUUGGAGCAGAACGAACUGUUGUACUCGUCGGAACCAUGGAAGAGUCGAUUACAAGAUUGGAAGUAUAUUCAUGACGUGGAGAGUCGAUUGCUCGACAAGGCACCAAUCACCAGGCUUCCGGUCAACGUUGGCCGAAGCCUGUUGGAUUUCCUCACCGGUGCCCUGGAUCCACUGGAAUUUUUCUUUUCCGGUACUAUGGUCGAUGACUACUACGAAGGCACUAUGGCUGUGGCCGAUUUUGGGACAUCACUUCCAAGGUUUAUGGACCUUAUGGCUCAUACAAAUCCUGGGAUGAACAUUCUCGAGGUAGGUGCUGGAACUGGGGUUGCGACAGGUGCCUGCUUAAGAGCCCUGGGUGCUUCGGGGCAUACAUCCGGCUCUAGGUAUACUAGGUGGGAUUACACUGAUAUCUCCCGCUCCUUUUUCGGAAAAGCAGCCACCAGGUUUGCAGAAGAGGGGUCUCGGAUACAGUUUAAGAAGUUGAACAUUGAGGAGGACCCCGAGGAACAGGGGUUCGAAGCUGGCAGUUAUGAUAUGAUUGUUGCCGGAUGGGUUGUGCAUGCGACCCAUAAUUUGCAACGCACGUUGACUAACAUCCGUAAGCUUCUUAAACCUGGUGGGAAGCUCGUGCUGGCUGAGGUGACGAACCCUUUCCGUUCUGCGGCGUCCUUCGGGCUUCUCGAAGGGUGGUGGCUGAGCUCUGAGUCCUACCGUGUCUACGGGCCUUGCGUUGACAGAGCACGCUGGCAUGAUGUACUGCGAAGAACAGGGUUCACCGGAUGCGACGUCUAUCUCCCAGACUUUGACGGCCAAAGCUUCCAAGAACAUGCUGUCUUUGUCUCAACUGCUCAGGAGAGCCAUGUGCCUUCAUGCUGGAAUCCUAGUAUCGAAAUCGUCUACGAACCAAAUGAGCCAAAGCAGGGCGAGCUUGCUAGGUUCCUCGAGCAAGGAUGUCAGUCCCUUACGAAAUCACGCGUGGCCCGUGUGUCUGUGGACAAGGCGUCCACUGAUACUCAGGACAUGCUCCGCAUCUUCACUCUGGACAUUGAGAAGUCGUCACUGUAUAAUAUGGGGCCCACUAUGUGGCCCAUGCUUCAGAAGCUUUUCACCUCUUCCGCAACUACCUUGUGGGUGAGCAAAGGAAGCGAUACCCUUGUGACCAACCCGAAUCUCCAUCUGAUUGAGGGUAUAUUCCGGGUCCUAACUCACGAGGACGGCCGCAAAAUAGAUAUAUUCUCACAGGGAUUGGACACCGAAUACGUUGUGCGAGACGGAGUGAUUCUGAAUCCGCGGCUCAUUGAUAGCGCACAGCUUAACCGGGAGGUGUCACUGCAGUUGGCGGAACAGAUUGAGCGUGAACGAAAAUUUGGAGACAUUCUACUGUGCUUGGACUCGAGUAGCUCGAGCAUUGCUGACGGCUUCCGGUUCAUAGAGGCCAAAUCAGCCCCGGUGCUCAAAGAUACAGAUGUCGAGCUUGAGAUCCAUUGUGCCGGUCUAAACUUCCGUGACGUUCUCUUGUCGUUGGGGCAGAUCCCUUAUGCUGAGGCCUGGCAGGAAGGGGCCGGCGUCGUCACCAGAGUUGGCAGCAAGUGCACCAGAUUCAAGCCAGGUGAUCGAGUUGUAGGUUUUGUUCCCCAGCCGUUCCAAGCUCGAACCGUGUUCCGCGAAGACACUCCGGUAGUGCACAUCCCUCCAGGCCUGUCGUAUGCCGAAGCAGCGGGAAUCCCAACAAGCUUCCUAACAGCAUGGUUCUCCCUCAUAGAAGUGGGGCGCAUCAAAACCGGCGAGUCUGUUCUCAUUCAUUCUGGCGCUGGUGGAACAGGGCAGGCACUCAUUCAGAUAGCCCUAUACCAUGCGGAGAUAUAUACUACCGUUGGAACAGAGGAGAAGAAGAGGUUAAUUAUGGACAGAUACCCUAUUCCCGAAGACCAUAUCUUCUCUAGUCGCUCCACUGACUUUGCACCCACGAUUAUGCAAUUGACUGACGGAAAAGGCGUGGACAUUGUGGUUAACUCUCUAUCCGGUGAAGGCUUAGUACAGUCCUGGGAAUGUACUGCGUCCUAUGGACGGUUCGUUGAGUUGGGAAAGAAGGACAUUCUGGCGAAUGCCAAGCUACCCAUGAGGCGGUUCUUGAAGAACGUUACUUACAGUUGCUUUGACUUGGCACUGCUUCAGCAGAACCAUCAACGCGGAUCCCGCGCUUCCUUAGAGACGGUUAUGAGCCUAAUGAAUGAAGGCAAGUUAACCCCGCAGGAUCCAACUCAUGUGUAUGGUGUCGGUGAGAUAGAGAAGGCGUACCGACACAUGCAGUCUGGGAAAAACUUUGGUAAGAUUGUGAUCGAAAUGCGUAAGGAAGACAUCGUCAAGACAUUGCUGAAAUCGAAGCCGAAUUCUUCCUUCGAUUCUAACGCGACGUAUCUGGUUGCGGGUGGUCUAGGCGGACUCGGUCAGAGUAUGCUUACCUGGUUGGUGAACAGGGGAGCUCGUAAUCUCCUACUUUUAUCCCGUUCAGGAGGUAAAGACGCCGAUGCCCAAGAGUUCCUGAGUCAACUAAGAGGAGACGGGGUCAAUGCUCAAGUGCGUGCCUGCAAUGUGGCGGAUGAGGGUGCUGUGCGUGCAGCAAUUGACGACGCCGCCUUAAAUAUGCCCCCAAUCAAGGGCUACGUCGGGUUUGAAGACAUGAGCUACAGUGACUGGCAAACCGCCAUCAACCCGAAAGCCCAAGGAUCCUGGAACCUGCACAAGCUUCUCCCCCGCGGGCUUGACUUCUUCCUCAUGCUUUCAUCCAUGAACGGAAUAGUUGGGCACGUAGGCCAGGCAAACUAUGCCGCAGGGAACACAUUUCAAGACGCACUAGCACACCAUCGUGUACAAUGCGGUGAAAACGCUGCCUCCCUGGACCUUGGUCUCUUCACUUUCUCAGGACGAGUUGCACGAGACCCCAGGCUUCUCAAGAUUAUGCUCGAUGUCUUCCCGCACAAGCCUAUCACAGAGCCCGAGUUCCACGCGCUUUUAGACGUGUACUGCAACCCAACCCUCUGCAAAGAAAAGGGCCUUCCAUGCCAACCAUCGUUCGGUAUGCGACCGCACGAGGGCGCAGCAACCAAGGCCUACUGGCUCGAAAGACCUAUGUUCCGCUACAUGGCUCAGCAGCGAUCCUCGGAGGGUAAUCGUGAGCGGCAGGGCCAGUCCAUCAAUCUUGCUUCUGCAUUCAGAGGCGCAGAGUCACUGGCUGACGCAACCGCUGCGGUUACUAAAGCUCUAACUGUCAAGCUGGCGAGGACAUUGUCCGUUGAGGAGGGGAGUCUCGAUGAGAAUAAGGCUUUGCAUCAAUACGGGGUUGACUCGCUAGUGGCUGUGGAGCUGCGGACGUGGUUCUCCAAGGAGGUACAGGCAGAUGUUGCUACCUUUGAUAUUAUCGGUCGCGCGACUAUUACUUCAUUGGCUGGGGUGGCUGCAAGCCGGAGUAAGUUGCCUCGUGGUUGGUCCUGA